AAUCAUCCCAUCUAUGCUUUGCGUUCACACUCAAAGAAUAACUUAAGCUUUCAAUUUACUAUCAGGAGUAGUGAGUUGAUUCCUAAUUGCGGUCAUCGUGUGAGGUUAUUAGGCUACGUUCGUUUUUCUUGCUUAUUUUUCAAUUUUCUAUGUUAAAAACGACCCCUACAAAUAUGUCGAUUGGUGUGCCCAUCAAAGUUCUACAUGAAGCAGAGGGUCACAUUGUGACCUGUGAGACCAACACUGGUGAAGUGUACAGGGGCAAGCUCAUUGAGGCUGAGGACAACAUGAACUGUCAGAUGUCAAAUAUCACUGUUACGUAUCGAGAUGGCCGUGUAGCCCAACUGGAGCAAGUAUAUAUUCGGGGAAGCAAGAUUCGCUUCCUGAUCCUACCAGACAUGUUAAAGAAUGCCCCUAUGUUAAAGAGCAUGAAAAACAAGAACCAGGGCUCGGGAGCAGGCAGAGGAAAGGCAGCUAUUCUUAAAGCUCAGGUGGCUGCCAGAGGACGAGGUCGUGGAGGGAUAGGAAGAGGAAACAUUUUCCAGAAGAGGCGAUAGUAUACAUUGGUUGAUUUAAAAUUGUUGGACAUUUUUUUUUAUUUAUAUAUAUUUUGAGAGAAUCUGGUAAACUCAUUUUUGCUAGCUUUUUGCAUGUUCAUGUAACCUGAAUUUUGAUGUUUAUUCUUUUUUGUUUUUUAAACACCGUCAACAUGUAUUUGAGGCUUUUUGUCUCAAUUGAUGUGCCUUACAAUAUCUGCGCUAUUACUGCAAGUAACUGUCAUUAUUGCCGAUCGAGCCGGAAGACUAAAGCACUAUUUUCUUGUCAGGGCAAUGGCACUCAAAAGACAUGUACAUAUUUUGAUCCUUAAAUUGCACUCUACCUCUGACAAUAGGAAACAUUGGAAAUCUGUGUUUUUAUGUUGUGAAUGUAUGUAACUACUUUUGGCCCUUUUUUUUCCUCAAUGAGACUAAACCUGGU